AUGCCUACACAAGAUACAGCUAGAUCGCCUGCGAGGCGCCCGCAAUUGAAUGAACGACCCUCCUCGUCGCAAUCGCUUUCCAAGGGAUCACCCGGAUCAGGGAACCUCACCAACACACACAAGGGAUCAUCCACCAGGUUACACAAGACACAUGCGGUCGGUCAUGCGCGACACGGCCACGGCAGAGUGCCUUCUUACGGCAAAGGUCUCAACAAGCUAUCUAAAUUAGGCCUUGAAAAUGUCACUCAGGACGCGCCACAAACCAAGAAUCAUAAUCGCUCAGCGUCGCAUUCACCACCUGCGAGUCCGACUCAGCUGUCGAAUAAGCGAAAUAGCUCAUCAAUUAGUCUGAAUAGACCUGGCUCACGAGGAAACGUCAAAAAGAACAUAUCGCAUCCGAACCUCGCGCGCAACGGGUUGACCACUAAGGCUGGUAACCAGCCGAAGUCAGAGAAGGCGCAAAUCAAACAAGACCUCUUGAAAAGAGGCACGAACGAUGCAUCAAUCCGAGGCUCUGCUCAAUUUGAAGUGGGUGAUGAUGGGCAGGAUGACGAGUGGACGGAGGAUAGUAGCUCGCAGUCACCGGCAACCACUCGAACGCACUCAAGGCCAAAGACACCCAUGAGUCCAGCACCUAAAGAACUCCCCACGCCUGAUGAGCCUCCAGAACGGCGGUCGCCGCAAUUGCCUGCUUCUCCGCCUGAGUCACCACCCCUCAAUGGACUUGCUCAUCACAGUGAAGCGACUAGACAGCCGCCCGGAGUGGAAAGCCAUUCAUUCUCUCACCCACCUGAUGCCCAAGCUGUCACAAACAGACUGCUCAAUCGCAAUACGUCACAUAAUAUCUCCGCACAAGCAUCGAACAUAUCAGCUAAUAUAACGCCUCAGCAUAUCGGGUCUUCAAAUGUUAGCAAUAGCCAAGGCUCUACUCUCAACGAGCCAUCAAUGCCCGCCGACGGCAUAUCAAGAUUCCUUCCGGGCACGAAUUCCAACUCAGGAAGUGGGACGCCAAGCUCGGUAUCCCAGCUGCAGCAAAAUCUGGCGACCCUAGAGCGCUCGCAACAAUCUGAUUCACCACGAAGUUCUACACAUAUAGCAGGAAAGGCGGAUGCUCGGCGCGUCAGAUCAGCUGCAAAUCUGACCCACCCUCGUCUAAAUGGCGAGAGCGUCUCACCUGAGAAGCCAGCGAAGAUAGGGGCCAAGGCUCAAGUCAAGAACGAGAAGAAACCAUUUUACGUCCCCUCCCCAUUCGAAUCCGCUCGCGGUGCAAAUCCAACUGCUGGAAAGUCCUACACCCAGCUCAAAUUGAAUUUGGAUCGUGAAGCCGUCUCGCGAGACCCUCCUGUGUCAUCACAUCCCCUAUUGGCCAAUCAGGGUAGUCUGCUAGGAACUGCUGGCGCAACGAUUUCCAUGGAUCCGGGAGAUAUGGAAAAAAGGCUAAAGCGACAAUAUAUGGCCGCUCAAAAAGACGUUCAGAAUGCAAGGAGGUAUUACGGUGAUGUUGUUACCGUUCAUAUACCAGAAAGAACGCAUAGGCGAUGGCAGCUUGAGAAGGGUAAAGAGAAAAGAGGACGGGCUACAAAAGGCAAAGAAUCCUCCAACACGGGCAGCUCUGCGGAGACCGCCAAAGUAGGUCCUUCUCCAGUAGGAGCCUCAAGUCUUGAAGGCGCGCAACGUGGUCGAAUCAAGUUCGACGUUGGCAAGAGUAACCAAGGAAGUCGACCGAAAAGCUUCAGAAAGUCAAGCGAAGAGCGCAACCCUGAAGGCGGCGAUAUUUCGGCACUGCUAAAGCGCAUCUGGAUUGCUAGCGAGCCGCGGGAGGAACUUGACGGCGAGUAA